AUGACUGGCCGAUUUAAAGGAUUUCUUACUCUUGCAAAAAAUAAAAAUUCUAAUUUAAUGACAACUCACUGUUUCUUACACCGUGAAGCUCUGAUGAUGAAAAGUUCGGAUGGGGGAGAAUUAAGUGAUGUUCUCAAAACUGUAAUUGCAAUGAUAAAUUACAUAAAAAGACGACCAGUAAAAUGUAGAAUAUUCGAAGAACUAUGUAAAAAUAUCGGUACAGGACACACUACUCUGUUGUUUCAUACUGAGAUACGAUGGCUUUCAAGAGGUAAGUAGUAUGAAAAGGUAUGUUUUACCCCAGGAUCAGGAUCAGGAUCCCCCUCUCCCGCACCCUCCUCCUCACGUAUUUAAACAACUCCCACUUUUUUUUUUUCAUUAUCAGUUACCACUAACAUUAUCACCUAUAUGGAUACGCGAAGCCACCGCACGCCGCCGCCCCUCCCCAUACCCACCACUAUACAUGCACAUGCAUACUAUCACCGCACAAGUGUUCGCAGCUAUUAUCAGUUAUCAUAAUCAUUAUCAGUUAUAAUCGUUAUCAGUUACCAUGUGGCGGGUUUCGCGCCACAUUUCUUCCGGCUGCGCGUCACUCGCGGCGGACGUCGGCCUCUCCCCUCGCCGUCGGCGUUCAUGAGUUUCAUCGGCCACAGCUCCGUUCGACUCGACGUCUCGACCGCUCCGCUCGCUCUCUUCGCACCGACGCCGCUCGCGAAACAUUGUUUUCCCGACUCCGAACCAUCAUUAUGUACAAUUGAUUUUUACCACUAAUGUUGUUUUAAUAAAUGCGUGCUCGCCUGUUCUCGCGCCACAAGCAGUCGGCUGGCGAACACUUGUUUAAUGUGGUCAUGUCGUAAAUAAACGUUACUUUUUACCUUAUAAACCUCGUGUAUUGGUGUAACCCGCCAAAACCACUAACAUUAUCACAUAUAGGUCCUCGAAAACAAUAAUUAUCAAAUAUUAUUGUUAUUAUCGUCCGCGUCUUCGAACGUCGAGUCGGUAUAUAAUAUAAUACAUACCGGAUGUUUUCAUCGGCCGGUCGCCGAGUGUUAUUGUCGCGUAUGCUAGUACCACCUCUCCCCCGCCCGCCUACUCUCCGAGAACGAAAUAUUAUCUAUUCAUAUAUAUAUUUAUAUAUCGACAGCAACGCGCAAUGUGUUUCUCGCCUGUAAGAACCAGUACGAUCCUGCAUACGAAUAA